AUGGGUGGAGCAACCUACAGUAGAGAGUUCAGUGGGGCCAGCAUGGGUGGAGCAACCUACAGUAGAGAGUUCAGUGGGGCCAGCAUGUGUGGAGCAACCUACAGUAGAGAGUUCAGUGGGGCAAGCAUGGGUGGAGCGACCUACAGUAGAGAGUUCAGUGGGGCCAGCAUGGGUGGAGCGACCUACAGUAGAGAGUUCAGUGGGGCCAGCAUGGGUGGAGCGACCUACAGUAGAGAGUUCAGUGGGGCCAGCAUGGGUGGAGCGACCUACAGUAGAGAGUUCAGUGGGGCCAGCAUGGGUGGAGCGACCUACAGUAGAGAGUUCAGUGGGGCCAGCAUGGGUGGAGCGACCUACAGUAGAGAGUUCAGUGGGGCCAGCAUGGGUGGAGCAACCUACAGUAGAGAGUUCAGUGGGGCCAGCAUGGGUGGAGCGACCUACAGUAGAGAGUUCAGUGGGGCCAGCAUGGGUGGAGCAACCUACAGUAGAGAGUUCAGUGGGGCCAGCAUGGGUGGAGCAACCUACAGUAGAGAGUUCAGUGGGGCCAGCAUGGGUGGAGCAACCUACAGUAGAGAGUUCAGUGGGGCCAGCAUGUGUGGAGCGACCUACAGUAGAGAGUUCAGUGGGGCCAGCAUGGGUGGAGCGACCUACAGUAGAGAGUUCAGUGGGGCCAGCAUGUGUGGAGCAACCUACAGUAGAGAGUUCAGUGGGGCCAGCAUAGGUGGAGCAACCUACAGUAGAGAGUUCAGUGGGGCCAGCAUGGGUGGAGCAACCUACAGUAGAGAGUUCAGUGGGGCCAGCAUGGGUGGAGCAACCUACAGUAGAGAGUUCAGUGGGGCCAGCAUGGGUGGAGCAACCUACAGUAGAGAGUUCAGUGGGGCCAGCAUGUGUGGAGCAACCUACAGUAGAGAGUUCAGUGGGGCCAGCAUGUGUGGAGCAACCUACAGUAGAGAGUUCAGUGGGGCCAGCAUGUGUGGAGCAACCUACAGUAGAGAGUUCAGUGGGGCCAGCAUGGGUGGAGCAACCUACAGUAGAGAGUUCAGUGGGGCCAGCAUGGGUGGAGCAACCUACAGUAGAGAGUUCAGUGGGGCCAGCAUGUGUGGAGCAACCUACAGUAGAGAGUUCAGUGGGGCCAGCAUGGGUGGAGCAACCUACAGUAGAGAGUUCAGUGGGGCCAGCAUGGGUGGAGCAACCUACAGUAGAGAGUUCAGUGGGGCCAGCAUGGGUGGAGCAACCUACAGUAGAGAGUUCAGUGGGGCCAGCAUGGGUGGAGCGACCUACAGUAGAGAGUUCAGUGGGGCCAGCAUGGGUGGAGCGACCUACAGUAGAGAGUUCAGUGGGGCCAGCAUGGGUGGAGCGACCUAG